CAUUUGCAAAUAGUGAGACACCGAAGUUACAGAGAAAGACUCGUUCGUUUUCAUUCUCUCUCUUCCUCUUUUCUCGUCCAUUGCUUUCGUACUUUCUCUUCUUCCCAUUCUCUCUCACUCUCUCUCCUUCUCUCUCAGCAUGCAUACGCAUCUUUUCAGAGAAGGGUAGAGGCCGUUAAAGAAGAAAAAAAAAAUCUGUUUUUGAAGAGCCACAAGAAAAAACGCGGUUUUUUUUUUUUUUUUUUCUUUCCCUUCUCUCAAUGUAACUACUUUCCUCCUUAACGCUUAAUUUCGGACAUACCCAUAGGGAAAAAGAGAAAGUGGGUUUUCUUUUCUGCUGAAAAGUUUCGUUCUUGGCCUCAAUCUCUUCGUUUUCUUCAUCUGUGUCCAAAGGGGCUCGUGGUUGGUUUUUUUUUUUUUGGUUCUAGAAAAUGGUGGCAAUGAGAAACAUUGUGCUGUUGUUGCUGUUUGUUACUGUUGUGGCUCCUAUUGUGCUCUACACUGAUCGCCUCGGCACCUUUGAGUCUCCUUCAACAGCCAAACAAGAGUUUAUUGAAGAUGUUACUGCUUUUUCUCUCAGUGCAGCGGAUUCUGGCCACUUGAAUGUGCUACCCCAGGAAACAUCAACGGCCGUUAAAGAACCUAUUAGGGUUGUGUAUACUGAGGAGGAUUCAACUAACAGAAGGAAUUUGCCUCAAAGCUUGUUAUUGAGGAAAUCAAGGGAGCAUGUAUCUGCCAGGGUGUUGUCAACAACAACUGAGGAAAAUCAGACUCAAAAGGAGAACCCCAUCAAGCUGGUGACUGGUGGAAUGAGUCAAGGAAAUCAAGGGGGGUCCUUGGAUAAAGGUGACGCAACUGGUGAAAAUGUAAAUGGGGAAGAUGCUAUUGAUGUUGAUGACAAUGAUGGGAAACUAGCUAAAUCAACUCAUGCUUCUAUUCAAGAGGCUCAAAUUAAGGAGCAACAACUCACAGAAACUUCUAACAACAUGAACCAGAAAGGAUCUCUGUUGUCUGAAACCAACAAGCAGAAUGAUCAAAGACCAUCUGAUGCUCGGGUAAAGCAGCUAAAAGAUCAUCUUAUUCAAGCUAAGGUCUAUCUUUCCCUUCCAGUUGUAAAAAGCAACCCUCAUCUCACUCGGGAGCUUCGAUUACGGGUAAAAGAAGUUUCACGAGCACUUGGGGAUGCAAGCAAAGAUUCUGAUUUACCUAGGAAUGCAAAUGAGAGAAUGAAAGCGAUGGAGCAGACACUGAUGAAAGGAAAGCAAGCUCAAGAUGACUGUGCUGCUGUUGUGAAGAAGCUUAGGGCUAUGCUUCACUCGUCGGAGGAGCAGCUUCAUGUUCUCAAGAAGCAGACUCUGUUCUUAACACAACUGACAGCAAAAACACUGCCCAAAGGUCUUCAUUGUCUUCCAUUGCGCCUUACAACUGAGUAUCAUAACCUGAAUUCUUCUCAGCAACAGUUCCCCAAUCAAGAGAAUUUAGAAAACCCCCAUUUAUACCAUUAUGCCAUAUUUUCAGACAACAUAUUAGCAACAGCUGUUGUUGUGAACUCAACUGUUUCCAAUGCUAAGGACCCCUCAAAACAUGUUUUCCACAUUGUUACUGAUAGACUCAAUAUCGCAGCGAUGAGGAUGUGGUUUUUGGUGAAUCCACCAGGCAAGGCAACCAUUCAAGUUCAAAACAUUGAAGACUUCACAUGGUUGAAUUCAAGUUAUAGUCCUGUACUUAAGCAGUUGGGUUCCCAAUCCAUGAUUGAUUAUUACUUCAAGGCUCACCGAGCAACCUCUGAUUCAAAUCUAAAGUUUCGGAAUCCAAAGUACCUGUCUAUCUUGAACCACCUCCGAUUCUAUCUACCUGAGAUCUUUCCAAAGCUCGACAAAGUCCUGUUUUUGGAUGACGAUAUAGUUGUGCAGAAGGACCUGACUGAUCUGUGGUCAAUUGAUUUGAAAGGAAAUGUAAAUGGUGCUGUAGAAACUUGUGGAGAAAGUUUUCACCGAUUUGAUCGAUAUCUCAACUUCUCAAAUCCUCUUAUUGCAAAGAAUUUUGACCCACAUGCUUGUGGGUGGGCAUAUGGUAUGAAUGUAUUUGAUUUAGUGGAAUGGAAGAGGCAAAAUAUCACGGAGGUUUACCACAACUGGCAGAAUCUGAAUCACGAUAGGCAACUAUGGAAGUUAGGAACACUGCCGCCAGGUCUCAUAACAUUCUGGAAACGCACUUUCCCGCUGAACCGAUCUUGGCAUGUCUUAGGUCUUGGCUACAACCCCAACGUCAGCCAGAAAGAUAUCGAGCGGUCUGCUGUUAUACACUAUAAUGGGAACAUGAAACCAUGGCUUGAGAUAAGUAUUCCCAAGUUUAGAAGUUAUUGGACAAAGUAUGUUGACUACGAUCAGGUGUAUUUGCGAGAAUGCAACAUCAAUCCAUAGAUAGGUCUUUUUGGUACUUUUGAUCAUUGAAGUAUUCUUAGUAUUUGCCAAGUUGUGGUGCACCUUUUAGGUCUGCAAUUCCAUCUGUGUAGGGCUUCUAUUUUUUUAUAGCUUUACAAUUCUUUUUUGUAUACGUUUUCCUGUUAACAUUGGUGGGUAUUUUUUGGACUUGCAACCCUUGAUCACAUAUCUGCAGAGAUGCUAACUGUACAUGUAAAUGAAAUGAAGAGUUCUUGUUUUCUUUUCUGUGUUCUUUGACCCUGUUUCUAGAUUGUACCCUCCCCCCUCCCCUGCCUCCUUUUGCAAAACAUCUCUUUUGUGUUGUAGUCUUCCUUUUGUUUCUGGUACGUGCUUCUUUUAAAGUUUGCACUCUUGUCUUCAAUAGUUGCUAGCUUGUAUAAUCAUGUGCAGAGUGUACCUCUUUACCAAUGUGUAAUAAUAAUACCUUGUGCAAUUUAUUAA